UAUAUGUUUUCCAUUCCCACACUCUAACCCUUAUUCAUGACACGUGCCCAAGUCUCAUUUUGCCACGCAAUAACCGACUAGCUUGGUAGCCCAAAGCCGUCAACCCCACCCAAAUUUUGACACGUUGUAGACUCGCGUUAAAGGAAUUGUCAACCCUAUUAGAGAGAGCCCAACCAUUUACCAACCAAUAAAACUAACCCCUUUAAAUUAUCCACCUUAUUUAAAUUAAAGAGUCCCUAUAUAAAGGCAAAUAACAAACUAAAUAGACCCAGCAAAGCCUUUUUCAUUUCAGCUUACAAAAUGGACUGGACUAGAGGACAGACCAUAGGCCAUGGCUCAUCAGCCACCGUUUCCCUAGCCACCUCUCACAACUCCGGUGACAUUUUUGCCGUGAAGUCAUCCGACCUAUCCAAAUCCAAGUUCUUGCAAAGAGAGCAAAAAAUUCUAUAUUCUUUAAAUAGUCCUCGUAUUGUCAGCUACAAGGGGUGUGACAUUACUAUGGAGAGCAACAUGGUCAUGUACAACAUUAUUAUGGAGUAUAUUUCUGGAGGCACGCUUACUGAUGCAAUUCGCAACCAUGGAGGCUGCCUUAAAGAAUCAGUGAUUGGAUAUUACACGCGACAGAUUGCACAAGGGCUAGAGUACUUGCAUUCACAGGGCUUGGUACAUUGUGACAUUAAAGGUAGGAACAUUUUGAUUAGUGAAGAUGGUGCAAAAAUCGCUGAUUUUGGGUGUGCUAAGUGGGUUGAUAAGGUGGAGGAGAUUCCAAUUGCUGGCACCCCAAUGUUUAUGUCACCGGAGGUGGUGCGUGGAGAGGAGCAGGGGAUCGCUUGUGACAUUUGGGCACUUGGGUGCACAAUUAUUGAAAUGGCUACUGGUGGUGCACCGUGGCCUAAUGUGGCUGACCCGGUAUCGGUCUUGUACCAAAUUGGAUAUUCCGGUGAAUUGCCUGAGUUUCCAAGAUUUCUAUCCGAGCAAGCAAAGGAUUUCUUGGAUAAGUGCCUAAGGAGGAGCCCAAAGGAGCGGUGGACAGCAAGUCAACUUCUAAAGCAUCCAUUUCUUGAGGAAUUAGAUUCUAGUGCAAAGCCAAUUCAAGAACCCAAUUCAAGUUCUCCAACAUGUAUUCUUGAUCAAGGCUUUUGGAACUCACUGGAUGAGUCAGACAGUGUUAGCAAUCUGAUUGGCACAACGCGUGAGGGAAAUCUCCUGGGUGAUGAUAGGAUCAGACGGUUGUCGUUGUUUUCAGGGGUACCCAGUUGGACAUGGGAUGAUCAUUGGACCACAAUAAGAGGGAAUAAUUGUGAAGAAAGCAAUAUUACUAUGGAUGAUGUGGAAGGUGAAGCUGAUGUAAUUUGUGGGUCAGAAACAGCUUCCAUUAGUAAUGGUCUGGAAGAGCUGGAGAGCACAGUCGGUGUCGAUGGGUUCAAUUUUUUAGAUAACAAUGUAAAUAGUAGUGGUAGGAAUUUAUUGGGUUUGUGUAAUUGUAGCAGUAGUUUAGCAGCUUUGAGCAAUCUCCAUUUUGAGAGGAACAGAGACAAGCUGUUACUUAAUUCAAUUUCAAGUCUUUUAAGUUCAUAAAUUUA